GCUCGGCGGGACCGGGGGCGGCGGGACGGCCCGGCCGGCCCGGCAAGGCGCGGAGCGGCCCGCGAGGGCCUGCGAGGGGAGGGGAAGUGGCGUGUCUGUCUGUCCGCCUGUCCCACGUGCCCCCGCCAUGGCCGCGAUCUACUCCGGGAUUUACGGGAAGCUGAAAAGCUCCAAGACUUCUUGGGAGGACAAACUCAAGCUGGCCCGUUUCGCGUGGAUUUCUCACCAGUGCUUCCUGCCUAAUAAGGAGCAAGUAUUACUCGAUUGGGUAAGCCAUACAUUGGUUUCAAAUUACAACAAGAAACUGGAACUGGACGAUGAAGUUGUUGAGAAACUCUGGACAUACCUAGACAAUGUUAUCCAUAGCAGAAGACUACAGGAUCUCUUAAAGAGUGGGAAAACCAUUGGUCUCAGUUUUUCAAUUGCACAGGUCAUAAACGAAAGGUUAUCAGAGGCCUGUUCUCAAAAAACACAGCAGAACAUUGGCACAGUGCUGAACUGCUCCAGUGGCAUCCUUUCUACUCCUUCACUCUCCAUCAUUUACACAGCAAAGUGUGAGCUUCUGGUUGAUCUCCUCAGCAAGCUGUGCAAGCUGGCAUGUCAGCAGUUGGCUUCUGACAGCGCUGUGGGUUCUCAGUUGUUCAGCGUCCUCCAGCUUACCUUUGCUCAGUACCUCCUGAUCCAGAGGCAGCAAACCAACCCAAAUCGUGUGUUUGGGCAAGUGACAGGUCACUUGCUCCAGCCAUGUCUGCUCCUAAGGCACUUGCUGACUGUGAGAGGUUGGACACAAGCAGAUGAUAACCAUGUGCGUCAGCACCUGAGCAGGGAAAUCCGAAACCAAAUAGAAACUUUGCUGCAGGCUGGGUUGUUCCAGGCUGAGCUUUUCUUGUCCUACAAAGAGGAGCUGCUGCCAGAACAGGAAGUCCAGGAGAAGAAGAAAGGAGCUUUUAAAAGUCUUUUGCUACCAGUCAACACAGUGCAGACCAGUCUGGGCAGUGACUUUUGUGAACCUACUCUCCAUGGAGCGGUUGUGGCUGGUUCUGUGUCCCUGCUCUAUAAGCUCUUUCUGGACUCAUACUGUAAGGCAGAAAACCACCUUGUGUGUUUCCACAUGUUCAGCAGGCUUUUUGGCUGUCUCAGGCUCUCUGACCUACAGCAGGGAGGGAGGGAAGAUACGCUCUCCCCUGUGGACUGGAGCACAGAGCUGCUUGCUUUGGAGCAGCUUCUGAGCUUGGUGCUCAGCAGUGAUAUCUAUAAUGUCGCCAGUGACCGUAUCCGGCACAAGGAGGUGCAGUUUGGGUUUUACCGCAAGCUGGCACAGACGUUGCUGACACACUCCCGAGCUUCCAUCCCCGCUUGGUUCAGGUGUCUCAAACUCCUGAUAUCAUUAAACCACCUUAUAGUAGAGCCAGACCUGGAUGACUUAGUGUCGUCGGCUUGGAUCGAUGCUGAGGCCUCUGAGCCUCGUGUGAAGAAGCCCCAGGAGACUCUCAUCAACACUGUGUUUCAGACUUACUCCAAGCUGCGACAGUUCCCACGGCUCUUUGAGGAGGUGCUGACAGUUAUUUGCUGCCCAGCUGUUGAUGAACUGAGGCCACCCGUCUUCUCUGCUGGCCUGACAGUAAAGCUUCGUGAGUGCCUCCUUGAACUUCCGCCCAACCAGAUUCUGGACAUUCUGUGUCUCUUUGUGGAGAAAUGCCAGACCCUUAUCAUUCCUGCAGUUGAAGGGUCAACUGACAUGGCCUUGAAGCUGAUGGCAGUGUGCUCGGUGCUGCACGCUUUUCUGUUCAACAUGAGGAGCCUAGAUGAUGUCACUCCUUCCCCUGUGGUGCUUCGCACUCAAAGUCUGCUGGCAAAGAUACAGAAGGGAAUAAUUCAGCCACUGAUGGAGCUGCUGCAGGCUCCUAGAAGAGAGGAAGAGAAGUCAGACCUUUGGCUAAGAAAGGCCAGUGACGCUACUCUCCUCCUCGUUUACACUUGGAUUGAGGUAGACACUCUGUUUGGUGUUAGCUGCAGUAAAUAUGUGUCUCCAACAGCUGAAAUUGCCGGUGCUGUUACUGAACCUGCUACAAAGCAGGGGCAUUUCAGCAUUUCAGCUUUUCUCCCUGGUUUGAGGGAACAGUCUUGGGAGAGAGUCAUGGAUAUUGCAAAUAGUUUUGCCUCCCCUAGUAAAUAUUGCUUAGAACUUCUCACACUUCAGAAAAUGAAGAUGAUCUUAAUGCAGACCAAAGCUGACCUACAGGCCUUGCAGCAUGCUGCAGCUUUCGUCCUGGAGUCUGGGAGAUCCACCAUGAGCAGAGGAGAAUCUGAACCGUGGGAUGGAGAUAUCAGCACGAUAAGUGAUCUCACUUACCCCACAGCACACUGGCACCUCAUCAUGUCCAACCUAAAUAUCCUGUUGCCUUAUAUUUCCUUAAAAGAUGUAGAGUAUAUUGCAAAUGUGCUUCUAGAGACAUUAAUGCUGGCCAAAGCUCAGGAAGCUGCCAUGGACCAGGAGAAUUCCAUCAGCACUGAAAAGAUAUCUCUUGGCUUGAUGCACAGCUCCUUUCUUCCAGAAAUGAAGAUCCUACACUGUGCAUUUCUGACCAGACUUAUUAAUAAGUUUUCUACGGUGCUGCCCAUUGCUACCAGGGAUCCGGUAGAUCUGCCACUUCAGCAGCUGUUUGCAAGUAAUAUCCCUUGGCAUGAAGAAAUCCUGGCUCCUUGCAAAACUGUUGACCUGCUGGAAGUACCAUCAGAAAACAAACUACUGAAGGAUGAGCUCAGCUUGUCUUGGAAAACCCUGGAGAAAGUUGCCCAAAAUAUAGUAUUGUUAGCAAAAAGUGGCUGCCCUGUCACCCUGAAAGAAAGUCAGCUAGAAAGCUGCCUGGGUUUGCUGGACAUUUUUUCUCUUCUGAAACUAGACAGUUUUCUUCCCUCUGACUGUACUCGGUGUUUUCUGGUGCUGCUGUCCUUGCUAGCCAAUACCAGGGCUAGUGCCUCUUGCAGCAAAUUGUUAUUCCUGAAGUUUUUAAGUACUUGCCUCCACCUCCUGAGGUGCCUGCAAGCUGGCAGGAAUGCCAACUCUGUUUUUAAGGUGUUACAUGCCAGUGAUGUUCUUGAGCAUGUCAUGACCUCCCAGUUUACAGCGAGCAAAUUCUUUUCUGAUGUCUUUACUGUUCCUGUUUGGGCACAGUAUCUCCAGGAAGUCCAAGCUUUUCUGGAAAACUUUCUUCAGAUGAUAAUUGAAAGACGACAAAGUGUGAGGCUCAACUUGGAAAAGUUCAUAUCUUUCCUGGUAAGCUGCAAGCCGGACGCCAGUGCAGCCAAAAGCAAAGACCAGAAAAACUGGAAUCCUGCAGCUGAGCAGUUACUGCUCAUGGUAUUCACCACGCUAUGUGACGUUGUCACACUCUACCUUCAGCAGCUGCCAGAAAAGAAGCUGCAUUCUGCAGAUGUGCUGUCUGCUCUGCUGGAGCCCGUAGUUCUGCAGAUGGUCAGAACUGUUCAACAUGGUCUUCAGAGUAACACCCCAAACAAGCUUUUGCCUGUAGCAUUCAUACCAUCUGUCACUACUCUCCUCAAAGCAGAUCUGAGCCAUCCUGUCAGGAGGGGCUGGCAGAAGGAGCCCAAUAGGUUUUUGGAGCAACCUCGUAUUAAGCUGUACCAGGAGUUUUACUCUCAGAUACUGAGAGAACUGCCCUGUGCAGGAGAUAAUCUGCAGUUCCUUCAGCCUGCAUUGCAGUUCCUGACAGUCUUCUGCUCAGUGCCAGAGCUGUAUCCUGAAAAAGAAACUGCGGUCAUGGUUGGUUUUGCCAUAAAAAAGCUUCUCUCUGGUCCUGCAAUCACAACUCAGGUGAUCCAAGGUAUGGAAAUGGAGCUGACAGAAGUGCUUGUCCAGCUGCUGGAAAACUGCUCUGCUGAGGAGUUUUAUGCCAUAAUGAGGCUGGUGCUGCAGGGACUCGAAUUGAAGAAUGUUUGGCAACAGAAGGCUAAAGAAGUGUUGUCAGCUGUUACCCUCACUAAAUUGUUGCUCAGAUGCUCAUUAAGUGGAGACAAAGUGAAAGCUUUCUGGUUUACCAGCCCACAGAUAAUCACAGCUUUAGCGAUGCAAACCAAAGAGGCCUGUCAGGACCCAUCGCUGAUUUCCAUCAUAGUUGUACCUAUUCUAGAGACUGUAGCAGCUCUGCUAAGGCAAGGAGAAGGAGUUCUUGUGAAUCCACAUCAUGUGUCAUUGGCAUUCAGCAUUCUCCUAACAGUCCCUCUGGAUCAUCUGAAGUUAGAAGACUAUCGUGGUGUCUUCCUGGGAGUCCACGAAGUGCUCUUCUCUAUUGUGCAGUGUCAUCCAAAAGUGCUGUUGAAAGCAGCACCAUCUUUUCUGAGCAGUUUCCAUCGUCUGGUUGUUUCUGUCAUGCAUGAAGGACGUCAGAAAGCAGACAGAGGCAACACAGAUGAGUUUGAAGUUAUACUGCAAUGUGCACACUUGGUGGAACGGAUGUAUACUCAUAUUGCUGCAGAAAUGGAGAACUUUACUGUGUUUUCUGCUUUCAUGGUGGCUCAGUACGUGACUGAACUGCAGAAGGUUACUUUGCACCCAGCUGUGAAGACACAUCUCACAGAAGGAAUAUAUCACAUCCUUGACCUUUGCAUUGAACGGGACGUCAAGUUCUUAAAUGCGUCAUUACCAGCAGGUGUAAGGGAGGUCUUUAAGGAUCUGUAUAAUGAUUACAACCACUACCACAAAGCAAAAAAGCAGGGGGAGGAAAAGUACACUGCAUGAUGAAUCCUGUCUGGUGCUAUGUUGAAUGAAUUGACCUUGCAGCACUCAGAACAUCCUCAGCUGCUCUUUGGUUUGGGAUGACUAGUAAGAUCGAAUCUGAAGAGGGUCAUAAACAUUGCCUUUAUCUCUAUACAGCCAGGCUUCAUAAUGAGGAAGAGGUUACAGGGAGGGAGGAUGUGCUGUUUGGGCUGGUCCUGCUGUGUGCCACAAGUGGCAGAACUGCUGUGCCUGUGCUGGCCCCUGAUGAACUCCCUGGGAGCGCUGGGGAGCUCACUGCUCUCUGGCAGCAGAUGGCAGGCUUCAGCCUUUGGCACAUCCCAGUGGAAGCAGUAGUCUGGUGUAAAAGCCGGUGAGGGUUAUAACCCUGCUUUCACUUACAUGGUAAGUGGAAUUAAAGCAGUUAAAGUGCUUAUUUUUGUACCCUGUUAUUUUACAUUUUGUUACUGAAGAAAUCUGUGACUGUUACACAGCUGUGCAGUAGGUUACUGUGCAAAACUGUGGAAAUAACAGUAAAAAAUAUGAAAGUUUGUAUCUCUUUGCAUCGUUGGUUUUAGUUUCGAGCUCAGUCCCGGGCAACCUGAUCUGACCUAUUGAACUUCCUUCCCAAAUGUAUUAUCCUGUGAUCUCAUGAUAAUCAAAAAGACUGACUACUUAGAGGUCUGGUCGAUUUACUGUCAUUAAGCAAUUACACUUAGUCAUCUGAGCUUUAAUCCCUGUGAAUGUACAUUUUUAGUUUGUGACAAAUGCUAAUUACUACUGUUACUAUCUGAGACCUUUUUGGUCUAAACUGAGCUUUGUUGCGUGGCAUUCACUCUAGGUUAAAAGCAAGCCCUAGACUUAUUGCAGCUCAGCUGACAGUAAUUUAAUAAGAUGUAGUAAACUAAUCUCAUUUGAACCUGUAAGAAGCUUUUUCAAAUAGCUCCCUUUCAUUAGGCAAACUACAGAAAUCUAUUUGCUUGAAAAUGGUAGAGACUAAAGAUCUAAAUUUCUGUGUCAGUGGAAAAAGUCUUCACACAUACAUGAAGUUAGUAGAAAGAGCUCAGUACUCUCACGUGAUUAUCUGCUUUAAUCUAUAGGUAGGGGGUGGACAGGGGAAGACUGGAAUAUGGCUUACCACCUUUACUGGGUCCAUCUAUCUGCCUCAUGGCAAGGUCCAAAGCAUGAAGUUUGUCUGGGACAGGAAAUUCCACAUGGCCCAGAUGAGGGAGGUGAGGAGGGAUGGCUAAACUUCAUCCUUGGAACUGAAGUUGACCCUCCUCAUCCUAAAACAGCAUCUUUGAGAGCUUUGAUACUGUGCAAGCGCUGCUCCCAAGUAGUAAUAAUGGUAUGUUAUCAACACUGUUCUAGCCACAAAUGCAAACCCCAGCACCUUAUGGGCUACCACAAAGCAAGUUAACUACAUCCAAGCUGGACCCUAUGCACCACUGUGCCACUUCUGGAUUUUAUUUCAGAGCUGAAAAGCUUAUGUGGGCCAAUGAUGGGAAGGACAGUUACUGCUGCCCCACCAGGCAGUGGGACAGUGAUGUAUGUCUCACAAGGGAAACUUGUACGACCUGGGGUCAGCCAAAUGAGUGCCAAAGUGGGGAGUUCUGCAGGGUGAAAACAGUUAAUACAUCAGUUAAAUGAAGGAAGGUUAUAAACCCUGGGGGAGGAUAUGAAAAGAACAGUAAGAAGAGUGAAAAAAUGAGAGCUAGGUUUGGAGCGGGGGAGGAAGGAAGUGAGGUAGCAUCACUGGUGUGUAAGUGUCAAGGCUCCCCUGAUGUAGCCAUAUGGUUGCAAGCCACACACAUAGCUCAAAAGCUUCUGAGUGCAGACCACAGAGUAAAUAACAUCUUAGCCAUUGCUUUAAAGGAGGUAAACUAGUUGGCUUGAGAUCAGUUUUAUUUCAUUAAUGCUAAUUUUUUAAAUGUUACCAAUUUUAACUUCUUGGUUUGGAAAUGAGAACCUGUAACUGACUUACAUGGGCAGGGCUGAUGGAAAUAACAGACUCCUACUAUAAAAAGGAUACAGAGCUUGAAUGAAUGAAAACUUGAAACCCUGUCACAGUCAAACCUUUAUUUCAAACGUGCUGUGUGACCGCCACUUAUCCCACAGCCCUCCGCCUUCUACAGGCAAAGCAGAAGAGUUCUGAAGCACAAAGCAGCAUUUCUGUGUAGAGUGACAAAGGGGUUAAAAAGAAGGCUGUAUUUCACUUGCUAAUCCCAGGUCUUUGUCCAAGAACUGCUCCGGAGGUUUUUUUUAGCAAGAAUAAAUUAAGUCACUGGCAGAGGACCACCUGCUGAGAAAGGCGGCUUUGUGUUUCUGAGUGCACUCCCAGUGAGUGUAGUGCUCCUCUGCUGUCACACGAUGGGGCCAUCCUGCAAGGGUACAAAGGACCAUCUGAAAGCAGAUUUGGAGCCCUUCCUCAUAUGCUGGGUUAGUCUAUGAGCCUUGAACAUCAGGGAGGUAAAGGGUUUGGAAAAAGCAGCGUCUCAGGGAUAAGGGACAGGAUUGUGACCUUUGU